GGAAUUAAUCCGGUGGCGUGAGGAAGUCUUGUCAAAGAAAAAUUUGGAUUAUUUUUGAAAAAAAUAUUGAUUAAACACGAUGCAAAAAGUAGAUGAGAGGAUUAUUCCGUCCGAAUGGUAUCUUCUUCGCACAGGUAAUGUGCAGUUAUUAGUAGUUAUACCGCUUACAAGAGACGACAUCGUUAUUGGUAGAUGUACCAAUUUGCAUUUAAAAUUAAGUCCUCAUGUAUCCAGAAGACACGCUGAAAUUCAUAAAACUGAAAAUGGCGUCUGGUAUAUAAAAGAUUUAAAUAGCAUCAAUGGACUUUACUUAAAUAAAGUAAAAGUAAAACCCGAUAAAGAUUUUAAAGUAAACGAUGGUGACGUGAUAGGAUUUGGUGUGGCAGAUGUAAAGAAAGAAACUGAUUUUGAGUUUAUCUUAUGCAGGAAAUAUUAUAAUACAAGACAAAUUAGAAGACCAAUUUUGAUUGCUGAUACGUCUAAUAAAUUAAAAUUACAAAUGAAAAAAACGUAAAGCAACUAAAUCUAAAAUAUCGUCGAAAUAUAAAAGAAUCAAAUUACAUAAUUUUGAUUGUGAUGAAUCUAUUGAAGGUUCCUCUAUAUAUGUUCCAGUCGAAUCAAAAGAACACCCGACAUCGAGCAAAGACGAAAACAAAAGAGAAAAUGAAGAAAAAAAUGUUAAUUCGUCGUCAAAAUGCAAGAGAAAUAGUUUUGAAAAGAAAAAGUUAAGCAUUAAACUUCGUGUAAAGAAAAGUACGAAAAAUGUUUGUAAAGAUAAUUAUGAGAUAAUAAAUGAAGGUAUUAAAGAGGGAGACAUAUCGAGAAAGCAAAGUAUAACUAGAUUACAACAUAACUACAUACAACAGCCACAUUUUCAAAAUAAAACCACGUCAACUCAAUCAAACAGCAAAAAUUCAAGAUUAUUUAAAUUAUCGAAUUCGAAAUCAAAAAACAAGGAAAAGGCAUUUAUGUCCAGUCCACAAUGGUUAGAGAUGAAUUCUGAAGAGCCGUUUUAUGGUUCAUCUACAGAUAAUAUGAAGCAAGACUUGGAGAAAACUUUAUUUGAAAAUAAUAGUUCAAAAUCAAAACCGAUGGAUUCCGCCAUUUUAAAACUUAGAAUUAAGAGAGUAAAACACGAAAGUAAUAAAGAGAAUAUUAACGAACAAUAUAGAAAAAGUAAAGAUAUACAUUCGGUUAGAAUUACGUCGAACAAUGAAUCGAAUGAAGUUGAAAGUUUAUUUAGUACUGAAAAACAAUGGUUAUCACCAGUCAUUUCGGAAAAAAUAUCGUCAAUUAACUAUCCUUCAAGAUAUAUAAAAAAUAAUAUAGAAAUUUCAUUUCUCGAAACUCUACAACAGAAAUCACAGGAUAAAAUACAAAGUAAAAGUUAUUUAGAAAAAGAUAAAAGGAAAACAAUAACAAAUACAACACAAGACUUGGAUGAGUUACAAGUUUAUUCUUUACCCAUAAUUAAUAAAUCUACCUCAGAAAAUAAAAAGAAAAUAAAUUUAAAUUUACCGAAUGAACAAGAAACAAGAAUGCUUUUACCGAAGAUUAAAAUUAAAUAUUCAGAGUGUAACAAAACAAAUAUCACUGAACUUAACAAGAUUUCUGGCAACAAAUCACAAUUUUCUUUGUUAUUAUCGAAAGAUAAUAUUUCACGCAAUAAGAAACCUGAAAACACAAACAGAUUUUCUGUAUUUAAUAAUGAAGAAGAAAUUGUGCCCUUAGAAAAUACAUCAUCUCUACUCGCAAAUAAGCUGUACAGUGAUAAUACAUCGUUUCGUUUCGACGAUGAGAAUAACAUCAUGUCAAAUGACUUCUAUAUACCAUUUCUGAAAACUUUGGAAACUCCUAGAUGCUUCCCAAAUAUUGUAAAUAAUUUAGAAUGUUCUAAACGGCUCACAGAAAUUAUAAUGGAAAGAAUUAUAGCAGUUAUCUUAGAAUGGAUGAGAAGGAAAGAAACUUCAAAAAUUAAUUUUAAUUACUUGAUGAAAGUUUCUCUUCAUUACGAUUCAUACGAAAAAUAUUUUAAUACAUAUUUCCAAUUACUCAUGUUUGAUUUAUUGGAAUUUAUAAAUCAAUCAGCUGAUGAGAACACGAACAAUCAAUUUGAUGCAAUUAUUUUGGAAACUUCAGUAACAGAACUUUGGUGUAUUAAGUGCAAAAUGCUAACUAAUAAAAAUUUUAAUAUAAAUGAUUUAAUUUGCUUUCAAGUGGUUACAGUUUUGGAAAAUAUACAAAAAAGCUAUAAAUUUGGUUUUGUUGUUGAACAUUUGCAAUGGGAAAGUACCGAGAAUAACAGCAACAACAGAUAUUUAAUUAAAAUCCUUAAACAAUAUGGUCUAGUUUUAGCACAAGGAGUUCGUAUCAGAAUAUCUUUAGUGUGUAGCAUAACUAACUUUAUACAGCAAUGUGAAGCAUUAGUGUCGUUAAAACAAUCGUCAUUACUUAAGUACGUACUUGAACCAGAUUUUGAAUGUUGUAGAAUUGAUACUGUCACUGAAAAUCGACUUGCAGCAUGCAAUCGAUACACUUCCUGUCAAAGAAAUGCUAUUAUAAAUAUAUCACACGCGUUAGUUCAAUCGAAUAAUAGUUGCAUUGUUAUGCUACAAACACCACCAGGUACUGGCAAGUGUCAAACUGUUGCCGGUAUUAUACAGAUUUUAUUGCAGUUCAACAAUAAAUCAAAAAUUUUAGUUUUGUCUCUAUCGGAAAGAAGUAUCAAAGAAAUAGGACAGAAGUUAUACGAUUUGAAUAACGAAAAUAUACGUUUAGUUUGUGUUGGUAAACACCAGAAAAACUUUGUUAAUUUAAAACCGUUUUGCAUGGAAGAAAUAAUUCAAAGAAAUGUAAACAAAAUGUUUCCUGCUAUUCUUAAUUAUUCGGAUUUAGUUCAGAAUCUCAAAAGUGAAAUUAUAAUUAAUGCAAAUGUAAUAUUGACAACAACCGAUAAUUUAAUUUCUGAAUUUACGAAUAUUAGAAAUGAAUUUACUUACUGUAUUGUUUAUGAUUCGACACAACUUACAGAACUACAAAAUUUAAUUCCAUUGCAAUUUGGGAUAGAAAAGUUACUGCUUGUAGGAGAUCCUCAACGAUUUUCAGCUUCAUUAUUGUCAAAAACUGCUUACGAAUACGGCUUUCACGUGUCAUUAUUCGAAAGAUUUUUUAAUUAUUUCGAAAAAUUAACUGAUAAAAGUCCAGUAUUGAUGCUAUCGUUACAAUAUCGUAUUCAUCCGUCUAUAAUUUCUUUUCCUUCAUCGUAUUUCUAUUCUAAUAAUUUGAAAUCUGCGAAUGUUUCAAGCCAACUUCCAAUUCUUCCAUAUUGUGUUAUGGAUCUGAUUGAUGUUAAAAACGAAGAGAGUUCGAUCCUGGAGAUGAAAUUUGUUGCCGAAUUAUGGGAUGGUAUUUCAAAAAUAAUUCCUGAAGAUAAAACUGUAGGCAUCAUUACAAAGUAUAAACAUCAAAGAGAUACCAUCAGAGACAUUUUAAUUGAUAAAUAUAAAUAUAAUCAUGUAAUUUCAGUGCAUUGUUUCGAAGGCUUAUGCAAAUGUCCAAUAUUCGACAUUGCUAUUGUUUUAUAUUCUGCUCCACACGAAGAAGAUAAUUAUAAAAUUUUGAAUAUAUUACUAACAACAGCUAAAUUUUCAUUGAUUUUAUGUGGGUAUCUUAGUAUUAUGAGCAAACACCGUUUUUGGGACAGGCUAAUUCAAGAUGCUAGAAGGAGGAAGAUUUUAUUUCGACUUCCUUCUUCUUGCAGUUAUUUUGCAUGUGAAAUUAUGCAAACCAAAAAUAAAUUGUUUACAUAAAAUUCUUUAUUAUAAAUGCAAUAGUAUGAACGUAUAUUGUCAUAAAGAUAACUUUCAUGUGUACAUUUAUCUCAUAAAAUUGUUUUAUUGUAUUUAUCAUAUUGUGCUUUAUGAGAUAAAUGUACAAUAUUAUAAAUACUUUUCAGUAUUCCAGUGAAAAUUUUUAAAUAUUAAUAUAAUGGAGUUUAUUUUUACUUUUAAGUUCUAUAUUAACUGUAAAUGUAUCUUUUGAAAUAAUUCAACAAAUUAUGAGUUAUU